UAAGAGAUCAGGAGAACACAUGACAUUUACAUAGCAUUUGAGAAGGAGCGAACAGGGAUCACAAUAUAUAUAUAUAUAUACAUAUAUACAUAUAUAUAUAUAUAUACUUUUUUUUUGCCAUUUAACAGGCAACAGAAAGAAGAGAAGCCACUAGAUGAAGGAAAAACAGUAAAGCAGCGGAGGCAAGAUCCGUGUGGAGAUAUCCGGAGUUGGCACAGUGGCACUCUAGUUCUCUCUGACUACUGAAGGAAAAGAGGAAAAGAAAAGAGGACAUCAGCCACAGCACAUACAAACACUUACACACACACACACACACACACACACACACACACACACACACACACACACACACACACACACACACACACACACACACACACACACACACACACACACACACACACACACACACACACACACACACACACACACACACACACACACACACAUUUACACACAAACACUUACACCCACACACACACACACCCACACACACACACACACACACAUACAUUGGAGCAAAUAUGAGUGAAGAUAAAGCAGCUGAAAGCAUGGAACCUGCUCCUGCAGUGCCAGUAUCAGCUCCAGCACCAGCAGAGAUUAACUCUAUUCCCAAUGGGAAAGGCCAUGAGACUGGGGAGGAAACCACAGCAGCAGCCAAAACACCACCAGGAGACACCACAGAGCAGGAAAUUGUUCCCAAUAGUGCCCAAAAUGUCAGAAGUGACGAUCCAGAGGCCAACCUCGCAGAGAGUCAGGAGUUCCUGUCUAACAUGGAGGACAAAAAGACCACACGCUUCACAGAUUUUGAGGGGAAAACCUCUUUUGGAAUGUCAGUGUUCAACUUGGGCAACGCCAUCAUGGGAAGUGGAAUUCUGGGAUUGUCGUAUGCCAUGGCCAACACAGGGGUCGUUCUAUUCCUGGUGCUCCUGACAGUAGUGGCUGUCCUCUCAUCUUACUCCAUCCACUUGCUACUCAAGUCAUCUGGCAUUGUGGGUAUCCGGGCUUAUGAGCAGCUGGGCCAAAGGGCAUUUGGAACGCCAGGCAAGAUGGCUGCCGGCAUCGCCAUCACACUUCAGAACAUCGGAGCCAUGUCCAGUUACCUGUACAUCGUGAAGUAUGAGUUCCCUCUGGUCAUCCAGGCCUUCCUGGGGGUCGACAAGCCAUCAGGUGAGUGGUACUUCAAUGGGAACUACCUGGUCAUCAUGGUGUCCAUCAGUGUCAUCCUGCCUCUGGCUUUGAUGAAGCAGCUAGGGUACCUGGGCUACACCAGUGGCUUCUCUCUCACCUGCAUGGUCUUCUUCCUCAUCUCGGUCAUUUAUAAGAAGUUCCACACCCACUGUCCCUUUUUGGACUUUACCUUUAACAACACAGCCAGUGUGACUUCUGUUACCAAUGACACUGGUUACAACCCAGCCUGCAUUCCGAAAAUGGUCAACCUCAACUCACAGACGGCCUACACCAUCCCAAUCCUGGCAUUUGCCUUUGUGUGCCACCCUGAGGUCCUGCCCAUCUACACCGAGCUCAAAAACCCCACCAAGCAAAGGAUGCAGCAUGUGUCCAACAUCUCCAUUGUAGUCAUGUACACCAUGUACUUCCUGGCUGCUCUGUUUGGAUACCUGACCUUCUAUGGUGAGGUGGAGUCAGAGCUGCUGCACACCUACAGCCGUCUGGACCCGUACGACACCCUGAUCCUGUGUGUCCGUCUGGCCGUGCUCACUGCUGUCACACUCACCGUCCCCAUAGUGCUCUUCCCUGUAAGGAGAGCCAUCCAGCAGUUGUUUUUCCCCAACAAGACAUUCUACUGGCCCCGUCACAUUGCCAUCGCUGUCACACUGCUCACUCUCAUCAACAUGCUGGUCAUCUUCGCGCCUAACAUCCUGGGCAUCUUCGGCAUCAUUGGUGCCACAUCUGCCCCCUGCCUCAUCUUCAUCUUCCCUGCUGUUUUCUACAUCCGCAUCGUACCCGAAGAGGAGGAGCCCAUGCGCUCCACCCCCAAAAUCCUGGCUGCCUGCUUCGCUGGAAUAGGCUUCCUGUUUAUGAUAAUGAGCCUGAGCUUUAUCCUCAUUGAUUGGACGUCGGGGAGUAGCAAAGCCAGCAGCGGUCACUAGACGGCUUCUACCGUCUUCAGUUUUUAUGUUGUAAAUCUAGACCUGUAUGGUAUUUUCUCUGUGUUUUCAUGGAUCAUAUUUUGUAGAGGAUGUACUAUCUCUUCCUCCAGAAAGAGUGGGCCAGAGUGUCUAGAAAUGGGGAGUUCAGUCUUCUGGAGGUUUCUGCUCCCCGCUGGACGAUGAUAGUGCAUUAGAAACAAAUGUAAAGUCAAGCUGACUCACUGAAUCUGCCACCACCUCCCAUUCCAGCCCUGCCCACAGACCAGACCCAUAACCCAUUACCCUAUAAACGUGUACUCUGUGAAUCACAGCAAGAAUCUAACUGACAAACUUUAGUCUAAACAACCACGUAGCUUUCUUCAACAGUAGGGGAGAAGAAGGCACAACAGAUCGUUGGGGGCUGGACAGUUAUUUUAUAUUUGUAGCCAAGGUCUACUGUAUUAAUUUAUUCAUGAAUUUAGGUAAUGGCAAGAUUCUGUGCAAUAGCUGAGGAAAUGUGGCAUUAAAAGCUAUUGGACAGUGGCAUCAUCCAGUGACCCGUGUUGCUGUCACCCUGGUGGCCAGGUGUCGUCCUACUAGACGCUCGGCUUCAGUCCUCACAGUUAUCAGAGGAAGGAACCAUACAACUGAUAUGCGACUGUACAGUGUAUACAGUGUGUAUAGAGUAGGUUGACUCUACCAUUACAGUAGAGUAUGAUAUAUAUAUACAGAGAAUUAUUUUUUUAUAAUUUUUAUUUGAUAAAGGGUAUAAUAUGGACCUUUUGAGUCUAUCCUCAGCAACAGUAUCAAGGCUAUCAUAUCACAUUGGUGUGUCUCUUUGUUACUUGCACUGAACCAUAUCAGAAUAGCUUUUUCAUGGUUCAAGGAGCAGCUCUGAUUUCUAAAAUUGAAGGAAUGCCUGGCUAUAAUCUCAGUAUGAGGGUCUAUUUUAGAGGUGGAAGUUAUCGUUAACUUGGUCCUGGAUUGGUGGGGGUGUAUAUCUCUGCAUUGUCAUGUUUAGAUCAUUUGAGCACUAACUAGGACCAGUGUCCUUAGUGGCGGAGGAGGCUCUCUACCUGGGUUUGUUGUUGUGCUGUUUCUGAACAUUUACUGAACGUGAUCAGAGAUAACCCAAAAAUAUAAAGAAAACUCAAUUCAUUAUGUGGAGAAUCACGGAUGACGUGUGUAAAUAUGGUUAUUUCCAGGACAAGCUUGUUUUUUCCCCUAACUAAAGUUCAGUCUAGUGGCAUGGUGCCAUGAUAAGCACACAAUGUGGUAUCAACACCUCUCUAACAUCACUGCGAAGUAGGUGGUUAGUUAUAGCACUGUCAUCUGAUAUGUACAACUUCUUCCUAUAGCCAUUAAUCAAUUGAAAUGCAAACAAUUUAUUUGUAAGAUACUCAUAUGUUUUAUAGGUAUGAUUUUAAGGGACAACCCUUUAUAAUACAAAUGUCAAUCUCUGAAAAAUCUAAACGUCUAAAGCAUAAGUAAAUAGUAUAAUCCUAUGUAUGUUACAUUACAAAACAAUAUGUAUUUAAGGUCUAACAUGGUACAAAGACGUUUCCUCCAACUACUUGAAGCUCUUUCACUCCUGUUCUGUCUGCAUAGUGUUUAGCAGCCCUGCAGUGAUUUAAGUGUGAACAUGGUGUGUACAUGGUGUGUGAACAUGGUGUGUACAUGGUGUGUGAUCAUGCUGUGUGUCUGUUCGUCUGCUCCAGUAUGGAGCGACCUCAAUUAUGUACAGUGGAUGUACUGUAAGGAUUGUGAGUGUGUCUGUGUUGUUGAAAUGAAACAUGGCUCUACCAUCUUUUAAUUGUGGUACUUACUUAUACACUAUUGUAUUGUGAAACGAUCAAUGGAUACAUGAACCAUAAGUGUAAUGUGUAAAUCCCAGGCUUAUGAAUCCCAUUGACUCUUACCAAAUUAGUCAAAUAAGAUUCAAAGCCUGACUAUGAACCUUUCAUAAUCUCAGACUGCUCUGUUGUCAGGUAUGAGUGGAAUAGUAUUUCUGGUCACUUUCUAAGCAUCCCUGUAGCUGCUUUUGGGGACUGUCUGCCAACUCUUGCAGGUGUUGAGCAGGUUUGAUACAGUAGUCAUAUGGAAUGUCUCCUGUCUCUCUCUGUUGUUUUCCUUGUGAUGAAGUUACAGAUUCCACACUACAGUGAGUGCUGUAAUUUUGUAUAUGAGUAUUGUAUCAUUGUGCUGUCAAACUUGGUUGUAAAGCGCAACAAACUCUUCUCUCAAUCAAUCAUUAAUACAUGUUUCCUUAAAGAAUAACCAGUCUGCAUGAGCCGGUAUACAGUACAUCAGGAUCAGCCAGCUCUGCUCUCUCUAUCUAUUACUAAUAGCUUAAUGGAUGAAUUUGUUUCUAUUUAAAUAAAGAUCCGUGUUUAAAGUCAUAUUUUAACAACAUGUUUGUGUUAUUCUGAUUUCAUAUACAACUGGUAUGUUAUUCUCUGACAGAUCAGCCCUUACACAUACCAUGUGUAACACCAGGGGGAGACAUUCUGAAAGUGGCUGAGAUGAUAUCUGACUGUCUGGUAACGCUCCUUAUACUGUUCUCUCAUUUCCUUGUGUGAUUAAAUGAAAUUGGUAUAGUUCAUGAAAUAUCAACUUCAACCAGCAUUUCUAAAUAAUGUAUAUAAAUGUAAACCCUUUAUAUUCAAUUUGCAUAUCUAGUUUGUAUAAUGUAAAAAGCAAGAACUGUAGUUUUAGUCAGAUAAUUAAAAAGAGAAAUGUAAUCAUUUUAAAGUGCUUUUAAACUAUUUUUCCCUUCAUUUUAUGUCUUUAUUUUAUUGAAUGUCAAUAUAUUUGAAUACAUUGCUGGCAUUUAUUGUACUGUAAACAAUGUUGCAAUAAAAACAAUAAAUAACAUUAUUAUUUUUAUUUUUCAUCAUGA